UAAGUAAGUAAACAAAUCGCACGUGAAAUUUUAUAAAUAAAUUUUUUUAGAAAAUAACACAUUAAUAUAAUCCUUAUUGUAUUAUGAAAACUUCUGAAAUUUUUCAUGGUUAUAAAGUUGUACCUUUGAAAGUGAAUACAAAAUAUAAAAAUGGACAUCAGAUAUAUAUGAAGGAACACUAUAUUCGUGUUAUAGAUGAGGAAAAACCAAGAGGAAAAACAUUGUUUCUGUUAAACAUACCACCGUACAUUCACAAACAACAUUUGAAAAGUUUUUUUGAGAAAAAAGCAGGUGAAGUAGUUUCCGUAAUACUUUCAGAAAAACCUGGUAAAGACGAGGAGGGCACUGCAAAAUUUAAAAUAUCUGAAGAUGUAUUUCUUGGAAGAAAGAGUCCUUUUGUAUUUAAAUGUGCAUAUAUUGUAUUUAAACUUUCGAAAUCUAUUCAGCAAGCUUUACAAAUCACAGAAAUUUCUUUUUGUGAUACUGAACUUAAAUCGGUAUUCAAAAGUGGCGUAGAGAAGUGGGCAGAUGAAUAUAUUGAAAGUAUUAUACCAGAAGAUGAAUUGCAAACUGAAAUAGAUUCAUUUAUGAGAGAAUAUGAUGCUAAGGAUGCAAAAGCAAUAGAAGCUGAAAAAGCUCAAGAAGCUGACAAUGACGGAUGGAUAACAGUUGGAAAACAUGGAAAAAAUGUUGGAUUUGAACAAAAGGAAUCAAUUAUAAAUAAAAUUGAGGAUAAAAUGCAGAAAAAUAAGAAGAAUCGCGAAUUGAAGAAUUUCUAUACAUUUCAAAUACGUGAAUCAAAAAUGAAAAAUAUUGUUAGUCUAAGAAAAAAGUUUGAGGAGGAUAAGAAAAAAAUAGAAGCAUUAAAGAAAUCGCGACGUUUUAAACCAUUUUAAAUUUUAUGAAUAGUUAUAUAUUAAUAAAUAUACUUUUUUAUUAUAA